AUGGAAUUUUUAGCCAAGAAUUGUAAGAAGACCACAAAAGGGCUAGAAUAUCGAGGAACAACAUCUGUGACCAGAUCGGGUCGAAAAUGUCAGAGAUGGGAUAGCCAGUACCCUCACUAUCACUAUUUCUACAGACUUGCCAGCGUCAAUGAAAACUUCUGCAGAAACCCAGAUAGUGAUUCCAGGCCAUGGUGCUACACCACAGACCCACAGAAGAGAUGGGAGUACUGCGAUAUACCAGUUUGUGAGGAAGACAGAUGUAAAGGGGGAGGGGUCAGCCAUGCAGUCAAAAUAAUUUCGCAAAUUAUGUUACACUGCGUUUCUUUUUACGUUUCAUAUUACGUAAAAAAAGAAAUUCAAAUUAUAACGAGUAUAACCCAAACUAACCAUCUUCAAACAUCUUGUCUUAUAAGUGAGGUGAAAAAAUCAGAGCUGUUAAUAAGAGUUGGAGACUGGAACAACAAAGUACCAGAUUUAUACGAGGAGGAAUUUGAAUUAGAAGAAAUUUACAGCCAUGAGGAAUUCGAUAAAGGAACUUGGAACAAUGACAUAGCCUUACUAAAAGUAAAACCUAAGCUUGGCCGUGGUAUAACAAUGGUUUCAAGUGUUCAGCCUGCCUGUCUGCCAUCAGAAGCUACAGUCUACAGUGAAAACCUGGAUUGUUACAUAUCUGGAUGGGGUAAAAUGGAAAAUGGAAUAUCAUCAAAUCUCCUGAAAUAUGCACAAAUUCCUAUUGUAAACCAGACGACCUGCAAAAGACUUUACAAGAGCCAUUCCAUAACAAACAGCAUGUUUUGUGCAGGUUACAUUAAUGGAGGGUCUGAUACCUGUCAAGGGGACAGUGGGGGACCCUUGGUCUGUAAAGUAAAUGGUAAAUACACUGUACUGGGUGUAACUUCGUGGGGAAGAGGCUGUGGGCUUCCAAAUUAUCCAGGAGUGUAUGCCAAUGUCAAGAGUCUUUUACCCUGGAUCAGAGGAAAACUUGAUGCAUAAUAUUCAGUGUAUCUUCGGACUUCUUAAAAUUCAUUUUGCUAUUUUAGUACAAUUACCUCAGUGCACUAUUAGUUGUAAAUUCUGUAACAUUCCUCAUCAGGUUUUUUCC